GAUCAUUUGGCUGGAACUCUCAAUUUACAGAGGAGAAAAACUGAAAUCCCCAAGGUGAUGUUAUUAACAAGGUCUGUACUAGAACUCAAUUCUGUGGAUACCUAGUUCAGUUCUCUCCAGUGUAACUCAAUGACUCAUUCAGUCCUAGUUUCCUGCUAUAUUCUACAGACCACAUUCUUUAGUAGGCUCCACAUCUCUUUGUCAGUGUGUUAAUCUGUAUGCCUCGGUCAGUGAGCACGCAUGUGAAUGUCUACGUGUCUCUCAGCAAGUAUUUGUAAAGCAUAUCACUGGAUGUUAAUGCCCUUUCUGCUGGGGAAGCCUCUCUGUAAUUAACAGUUUUGCCGGCACCAGCAAUGAAGUGAGGGGAAGACCUUCUGAGUCAAUCAUUAAUAAACAGACUCGGUCCUCUCUCCAAUCACCUCUAUUCCUGGGUCUUCAGGAAAUGAGGGAAAAUAAUCAAGGUGGAACCAGACUUUCCCACAGUCAAACGUAGGUCCAGGGUAGUGAAAGCAGCUAGAGAGUGGGCUAUAAGAAGCUGUGACAGAUUAGCAGCUUACUGUCUCUGCAAGGAGUAUGUGCUCAAGUUAACAUGGAUACCAUUUUGGUCUUCAGCCUAAUCAUUAUAUCCUAUGAUGUCAACAAGAAAGAAAUCAGCGAAAGCAGCUGCCAAGUGGAACUGCUGCCUGAGCUCUUCCCAAAGGAUGUGAGAAACAUCAGGGAUAUGCUAAUUCAAGAAGCCCAGGCAGAAGCCAAAAGGGCCACAAUCAUCCAAAAUCAGACUCUGGCUACCCUGCAAUGCUCUGGGAGCAAAGUGAAAGUCAGUCUCAUGUAUUCGGAGAAAAAGCGAAAUAUCAAGUAUACUCUGAAGAACCUAAGAGUCAUUGCUGCUCCCAGCAGAAACAGCUCAGCCUCCCCAAGCUGUCACCUAGCCCCUACAUUCAAGUCUCAGACUGGAUCCCUUCUGGCAGGCAAAGCUUUUUUACCAGGUAUCUCCCAAUGUAAGGUCUACCCAGUAACGGUAGCUUCAUCAGAGACUUUUUCCAUCAUUAUCGUUUCCAUAACUCCUGGGAACAAAGAAAGAGCAAGAACUACAAGUAUUGAUGAAGAUGACGGCCUAGCGAAGAGGCAGAAAUGGAGCAUUGUGGUCAAAUUUCUGAUUGCUGCCACCCUGUUGCUCAGCGGAAUCGCCAUUAUAGUGUUUGUCAUUUUUGAAGUUCCAUGCCCCAGUCAAUGCCUGAGAGCCAGAGAGCUGUGUCAAUGCCAGUGGUUGCGGGGAAGGCAAAGGAAGGGAGCCAGCAUGGGAGACCAGCAACCCAGGGUAGCCAAAGCCCAGCCUGACUCUCAGCCUGAGAAGGAAAGUGUUGGACAAGAUGCUCCUAAGUCAUCAAGUUCAAAGAAAACUGCAGGGAUCACUGUUAUCCACCAGACGUACUUCUGAAAAGUUCUGCUCUACCUCAUACAUUGAAUGAAAGAUACUGCAGUCUUGCCCCAUUGUUAAUCAAUAUGGGUAGAUUCU